AUGAAAAAUGUAACCCAUUCUUUCGUUUUUUUAGCUCACUGGCCAUCCGCUGGCAGUUUCGGGCUUAAUACCGAAAUUUUAGCAACAAAUCUAGUAAAUCUAACUGUAGUGGUUGGUGUUUUGAUUUUUUUUGGAAAGGGAGUGUGUGCAAGUUGUCUAUUAAAAGAUUUAUUAGAUAAUCGAAAACAGAGGAUCUUGAGUACUAUUCGAAAUUCAGAAGAAUUGCGUAGAGGGACCAUUGAGCAACUCAAAAAAGCUCGGAUUCGAUUACAGAAAGUCGAACUAGAAGCGGAUGAGUAUCGAAUGAAUGGAUACUCUAAGAUAGAACGAGAAAAAGCAAAUUUGAUUAAUGCUACUUCUAUUAGUUUGGAACAAUUGGAAAAGUCUAAAAAUGAAACCCUUUAUUUUGAAAAACAAAGGGCAAUGAAUCAGGUCCGACAGCGGGUUUUCCAACAGGCCGUACAAGGAGCUCUAGGAACUCUGAAUAGUUGUUUGAAUACCGAGUUACAUUUCCGUACGAUUCGUGCUAAUAUUGACAUUCUCGGGUCCCUGGAAUGGAAGAGAUAA